GUAUCACCAAAUGUGGAUGUUCCACCCUGCUAUUACAACACUUCCAAUCCUUAUUUUAUAGAGAGUAUACAAUACAGCUCCUCAGGUAUAGUAGCCAACCUCAGCUUAGACAGUUCCAGGAUCAGAGCUAAUGAUGAGUUCACUAAACCAAUCAGUACUCUACGCUUGGAGGUGAAAUAUCAUAAGAACAACAUGUUGCAGUUUAAGAUCUAUGAUUAUCAAAACCGACGAUAUGAGGUUCCAGUGCCACUAAAUCUUCCCAGCUCUCCAACAACCACAAGUCAGGACCGAGAGUAUGAAGUAACUCUUCAGCAAAAACCCUUUGGCAUUGAAAUUCGACGAAAAAGCACUGGAACAGUCAUCUGGGAUUCAUCCCUGCCCACCUUCACCUUCAGUGACAUGUUCAUUCAGAUUUCUACCCGUUUGGCAUCCCAGUAUGUCUAUGGCUUUGGAGAAACUGAGCAUACCAUGUUUCGGCGAAACAUGAGUUGGCACACCUGGGGAAUGUUCACAAGGGACCAACCUCCUACUUACAAGUUGAAUUCCUAUGGCUUUCACCCGUUUUACAUGGCUCUUGAAGAAGAUAGCAAUGCCCACGGAGUUCUCUUGCUUAACAGCAAUGCAAUGGAUGUGACAUUCCAGCCAACCCCUGCCCUGACCUACCGCACCAUUGGAGGAAUUCUUGACUUCUACAUGGUUUUGGGCCCAACACCAGAACUUGUUGUUCAGGAAUACACCGAACUGAUUGGACGACCAGUGAUGCCACCCUACUGGUCCUUGGGAUUCCAGUUGUGCCGCUAUGGGUACAGGAAUGACUCAGAGAUCGCCCAGGUGGUGGAGGAAAUGAAGGCAACUGGAAUUCCUUAUGAUGUCCAAUAUUCAGAUAUUGACUACAUGGAAAGACAACUGGACUUCACCCUUGGCUCUCGCUUUGCUGGUUUACCAACUCUGAUCAACAAAAUCAAACAGGAAGGCAUGAGAUUCAUCAUUAUCCUGGAUCCAGCCAUUUCUGGCAAUGAAACUGAAUAUUCUGCCUUCUCAAGAGGUGUGAGGGAUGAUGUCUUCAUAAAAUGGCCUGAUUCCAAUGAAAUUAUGUAUUCCAAGGUCUGGUCAUUUCUACCCAAUGUCGAAGUCAAUGAGUCAUUGCCUGAGCAAACACAAAUACAGCUCUAUGGAGCACAUGCUGCUUUCCCAGACUUCCUCCGCAAUUCCACAAGGGAGUGGUGGAAGAGAGAAAUCAAGGAGUACUAUGACAAUCCCACCAACCCUGAAAAAAGUGUCAAGUUUGAUGGCCUGUGGAUUGACAUGAAUGAACCAGCAGCUUUUAUGAACGGAGCCAUGGGUGGCUGUAAAAAUGACCUCCUAAACAAUCCACCCUAUAUGCCUCAUUUGGGAUACAGGUCAGAGGGAUUAACUUUCAAAACUCCAUGCAUGGAAGGUCAACAAUAUCUUCCUGAUGGUACUCCAGUCAGACACUUUGAUGUCCACAGUCUUUAUGGAUGGUCACAGGCAAAACCUACUUUAGAUGGUCUGCAGGCUGCCACCAAGGAGCGUGGGAUUGUCAUCGCUCGUUCCACAUAUCCCAGUAGCGGAAAAUGGGCAGGACACUGGCUGGGGGAUAACACAGCCGCAUGGGAUCAGCUAACCAAGUCUGUUAUUGGCAUGAUGGAGUUCAGUCUCUUUGGAAUAUCUUAUACAGGAGCUGAUAUCUGUGGCUUCUUCAAAGACUCAGAAUAUGAGCUGUGUAUUCGCUGGAUGCAGCUGGGAGCAUUUUACCCGUAUUCAAGGAAUCACAAUGAGAAAGGAACAAAAAGGCAAGAUCCUGCUGCCUGGAAUGCAACAUUUGUGGAGAUUACCAAGAAAGCAAUGAAUAUAAGAUACACCUUGUUACCUUAUUUCUACACGUUGAUGUAUGAUGCCCAUGCCCAUGGCAGCACUGUGAUCCGUCCUGUACUCCAUGAGUUUGUGGAAGACAAUAAGACCUGGGAAAUAUAUGAGCAGUUUCUCUGGGGACCUGCACUGCUCAUCAGCCCUGUGAUGACACAGAAUGCUGUAACAGUGAGGGCUUACUUCCCCAAUGCUCGUUGGUAUGAUUACUACACAGAAGAAUAUGUUCGCUAUAAGAAAGAAUACAGGGAUUUACCAGCUCCUUUGGAUCAUAUCAACCUGCAUAUCCGAGGUGGUUACAUCCUGCCUUGGCAAAGUCCUGCUAAUACCACUUUUUACAGCCGAAAAAACCCGAUGGGACUCACUGUGGCAUUGGAUGAUGCUCAGUUUGCACAAGGACAGCUUUAUUGGGAUGAUGGGGUUCGCAUUGAUGCAUAUGAAGAUGGUGUAUACCUGCUAACAUCAUUUAUUGCUAACAAGACUGUUUUAGAUAUCAGAGCUAUGCACAGAGGUUACACUGAUCCCAACAACUUAAUGUUUACUGACAUCAAAGUCCUGGGGUUGUCCGUAAGUGUCAAGAAGGUGACAGUAUCACAGAAUGGUGGGGCAAUCGCAUCACCUCACGUCGUGAACUACGAUAACACCAAGAAG